AUGGGUCGCUGGGGUUGGCGUCUUUUCGAAGGGGAUCAGGAUCUGGAUGCCGCCUGUUGUCUGGCAGAGUCCCUGGGAAUCCAGACUGACGACUGGGAACACUCAAUGAGCUCGAUGGUGCAUCAGACCGAUAUGCUGGCCGACGAAGGGACACGCGCGUUCUACAGAACGGAGGAGUACAAACGUGAGCUGGAGAACGAGAUCGUGCCCUACGUUCGCGCGAACUUCGACAUCGACAACUUUGGCGACAGGUUUUUUCGCUGCUUCUUGUGCCAAGGAGAAUGGCCAAACGUGCCUCCCUGCAAAAUACAGAACUAUCAUCUUAGGCGCAUUGAUGAUGAGGGCUGGGGCCAAGAUCAGGGCUGA